AUGACAGGGACGGAGGAGCCACCGGCGAAGAAGAGAGUUGUAACGGAAUCGCUAGGAUGGCUAACGGAAUCGUCGAUUAUGCCAAAGAAGCACAGAGCCAUAGAAGGUGUUGGAGCAUCCUCCAUCCUCGAAUUGAAAGCUCAACUCUACAAAUCUCAAGAAGAUUCCAGAAAGUCCAGAGAAUUAUCCGGCACCGACGCCGAAUUUCAACGCGCUAAGAAUUUCAUCGCCUCCAAAGAUCACUUCUCCAAAAAGAACUCCGGCGUCGGCGCGCGUGCUCUCAAGGAUAAACUUGAGUUGAAAGCUGUUAAUGAUGGAUCAGUGAGCUAUGCAGCGUUGGAGAAGAAGGCUGCAUUGUAUGAUAAGUUAGUUAAGGGGGAAUUGUCUGAUGAAGAGGAUAAAGAGAAGUAUUGUGUUGAUUUUUUUCGUAAAGGGGAUGAUGGUGAUGAUGUUUCUACCACUUCGAAUGUGUUUCAAGAAAAUGAACACGGUGAUGGUGAUGCUUUUUCGCUGUUUAAUGUGAAGCCUGUUGGGCUUGGUCGAGCUGCUGGAGUAGUUGAUGGGACUGAGCACAAGCGAAAUAUUAGGGAAGUUCACGAAGAAGCUAAUCUUGCGAGAGAAAAGACUUCAGAAAUUAAACUACGCAGACAGGAGCAGUUAGCUGCUCAACGUAAGAAACUUAAACAAGCCUAUCUUCGGAAAAAAUUGGAGCAACUGAAGUCUGCUUCUGUUGAAUCUGGGUCUGAGAUUAAGCACACGUGA